AUGAGACUGAGACUAGCUCUGCUGCUGCUUACCUCCACGGCCGUCGUGCUGUGCAGGCACAUCUUCUCCUCCUCGUCGUCCUCUUCCCCUUCCUCAUCCUCUUCCCACCUUCCCUCCUCUGAAUUCAACCCCCUCUCCAUCCUCCCCCGCCUCAUCUCCCGCCCCUCCACUCCUCCAUCCGCCAACCCACAGCCCAACCCAGAGCCAAACCCCAACCAAAACCGCAAUGAAAAGCUCCCCCCGCGCGCGGACGCGACCUACGCGCCGCCGACGUGGGACAACGCCACGCUGGUGCUGCUCGGCCAGCGCGCCAUGCUCUUCGGCGGCGAGUUCCACCCCUUCCGCCUGCCCGUGCCCGCGCUCUGGUCGGACGUGCUCGAGAAGAUGCGCGCGGCGGGGCUCAACGCCGUCUCCUUCUACGUCCCCUGGGCCCUGCUCGAGGGCCGGCCCGGCGAGGUCCGCGCCGAGGGCGUGUUUGAUGUCGCCGCGUUUUGUCGGGCGGCGGCUGAGGUUGGGCUGUGGCUUGUUGCGCGGCCGGGGCCGUAUAUUAAUGGCGAGGUUACCGGCGGCGGGCUGCCCGGGUGGAUUCAGCGGCUCAGGGGCCACCCGCGGACGUCAGAUGCGGAUUACUUGGCGGCGACGAAUAACUACGCGGCAAACGUCGGGGCCAUCAUCGCCAAGGCGCAGAUCAACAACGGCGGGAAAGUCAUCCUGUACCAGCCCGAGAACGAAUACAGCGUCUCGAGGACCCUGAUCGGGUUCAACUUCCCUGAUCCGGGCUACAUGCAGUACGUGGAAGACCAGGCCCGCCGGGCGGGCGUUGUCGUGCCCUUCAUGAACAACGACGCGUGGUCUGCCGGGCACAACGCGCCGGGGACCGGCGUGGGCCAGGUCGACAUCUACGGCCACGACCUGGCUCCCCUCGACCCCGACUGCGACGACAUGGCGUGGGAGAAGGGGGCUCUGCGGGAGACGCAGUACGCCAACCAUCUCAACGUCAGCGCGUCCACGCCAUAUGCCAUUCCGGAUGGAGGCGUUCUCGACUACUGGGGCGGCACCGGGUUUGCCCGCUGUGCGGAGAGGUUCAACGCCGAGCAGGCGCGCGUAUUCAACAAGAACAACUUCGCCGCCGGCGUCAAGAUAUUCAGCCUCUACAUGAUGUACGGCGGCACCAACUGGGGAAACCUGGGCUACGAUAGCGGCUAUACCUCCUACGACUACGCAGCGGCCAUCGCCGAGGACCGCACGCUCACGCGCGAGAAGUACUCGGAGAUCAAGCUGCAAGCCAACUUCUUCAAGGUGUCGCCGGGGUACCUGGUGGCGACGCCCGACCUCAAGCCGACGACGGGCGUCUACAGCCCGGGCCACGAGGACAUCACGGUGACGGCCGUGGUCGGGCCGCAGGGGUCCUUCUACGUCGCGCGCAAGACGGCCUACCGCGACGCCAGCCCCGUCAACUUCACGCUCCGGCUGCCGACGGCGUCCAAGGGGGCCGUCACGAUCCCGCACCUCGGCGGCGCGCUGACGAUGCCCGGGCGCGACAGCCGGAUCUACGUCACCGACUACCCCGUCGGGGCCAUGACGCUGGUCUACUGCACGGCCGAGAUCUUCACGUGGCAGAAGUUCGACAACGGCCAGACGGUCGCGGUGCUCUACGGCGGCGUCGUGGGCGAGACGCACGAGCUGCUGCUGCAGCGCGGCGGCGCCGACCUGCAGGCCACGGUGACGCGCAGCCCGGAGGUCAGGACCUCGCUGGAGGGGCAGUUCGUGUACGCGCAGUGGACGACGACGGGCGACAGGCAGUUCGUGCGCGUGGGCAACACGUACAUCUACCUCGUGGACCGCAACGCGGCGUACAACUACUGGGUUGCCGACACGCCUGGGCAGCCGCCGCUGAUCGUCAACGGCGGCUACCUGAUCCGGUCGGCGGCGCUGGCCAACGGCACGCUCACGAUCCGCGGCGACUUCAACCGCACGACCACGCUCGAGCUCAUCGGCGUGCCGCAGGCCGCGACCUCCCUCGUGAUCAACACGACGCCCACGCCGCACCGGGCCGACGACGACGGCCACUGGCUCGCCCAGAUCGCCUACAGCCCGCCCAGCAUCACCCUCCCGGACCUGUCGGCCGUCGCAUGGUCCUACAUCGACACGUUGCCGGAGCGGCAGUCAUCCUUCUCCGACGCCGCCUGGCCCUCGGCCAACCACACCUUCACCAACAACACGUACCUGCAGGCGCCGCAGACGCCGACCUCGCUCUACGCGUCGGACUACACCUUCCACGCGGGCGGUGCGCUGCUGUUCCGGGGCCACUUCACGGCGACGGGGGGCGAGAGCGCGGUGACGCUGCACACGCAGGGGGGGCGGGCGUACGCGGCGGCGGUGUGGCUGGACGACGAGUUCCUGGGCGGCUGGGCGGGCAACAGCAGCGCGUCGUCGCACCGCGACACGUUCGCGGUGCGGCUGGUGCCCGGGCGGGCGUACGCGCUGACGGUGCUGCUGGACAACAUGGGCAACGCGCAGAACGCGCUGGUGGGCGGGGACGACAUGAAGGCGCCGCGGGGGAUCCUGCAGUUCAACUUCACGAUGGGCGGGGGCGGCGCCGCGCCGGCGGUGGACUGGAAGGUGACGGGGAACUUGGGCGGCGAGGACUACGUGGAUAAGGCGAGGGGCCCGUUGAAUGAGGGUGGGCUGUGGGCCGAGAGGCAGGGGUUCCAUCUGCCCGGGGCGCCGACGAGCAGUGGGGGGUGGACGGCCGGGAGUAGUCCGAUGAAGGGGAUCGGUGAGCCCGGGGUGGGGUUCUGGAGGGCGGAGGCGGAGUUGGAUAUCCCCGGGGAGCAGUGGGAUGUGCCGUUAAGCUUUGAGUUCCCGCCGAUCGACACCACGGGGGCGCAGGGCAGGUAUCGGGCGGUGUUGUGGGUGAACGGGUUUCAAUUCGGCCGCUACAUCAGCCACAUCGGCCCGCAGACGUCGGUCCCCGUGCCCGAGGGCAUCCUCAAUUACCACGGCACCAACACCAUCGCCGUGGCGCUCUGGGCCUUGCAGCCCGGCGGCGCGCGCAUCCCGUCGCUGAGCCUCAGAGCCGGCACGCCCGUGCUGACGGGCCGGAGACCGGUGGUCGGCGUCGCGGCACCGGCGUGGACCCAGCGACCGGGGGCCUACUGA